AUGUCCUACCGAUCAAUAUCUCUCUUGAAGAGUCUCAAUAGAAUCACUGGCACGUCUCGAAUUCAGAAACGAUGCAGAAGUCACAAACCUAGACCCGUGACGGUUAUCCAUAGUAAUGUGACUAACGCGGUGGCGCAGGUGAUGGAUGCAAUGCACGCUCCGGUCUACUUUGAGACAUACGACAUAAAGGGAAAUAUGAAUUAUUUUCCGUGGGAAGUGGUGGACUCAAUACGGAAGAACAAAGUGUGCUUGAGUGACAGACUCAAGACUUCCUUGUGUAGUCCUGCAAGGAAGGAGCUCAACCUCUUUGUAUCUAUGGUCAACUGCUACGGUCAGAAGGGUAACGAGAAUGUUGACAUCGUGGUGAUAAGAGAAAACACAAGAAGUCAAUAUGCAGGGCGUGAGCAUGAAGUUGUUCCCGGUGUAAUCCAGACCUUUCAGGUGACGAUGACAAAGUUCUGGUCAGACCGUAUAGCAAAGUAUGCUUUCGAAUUUGCUCAAUUCAAUAAGAGGAAGAAAGUCACAGCAACAACAACAAGAGAAAAAGACGAAAACUUCAUGAAACUAGCUGAUACUUUCUUUUUGGAAUCUUGUCAAGAAGUUGCUAAGCUGUAUCCAAGCAUCACUUACGACGAAAUAUCUGUUGAUAACUGCAGUUUGCGACUUGUAGAGACACCAGAGCGAUUCGACGUCAUUAUUACUCCAAACCUCUACGGGGAUAUAAUUGUAAACGUUGCUGCUGGUAUAUCUGGAAGAGGCAAUGGUAACAUUAUUAUGCAUGGAGGAAGUUUUGGUGUUGAAUAUGCUGUAUAUGAGCAAGUUGGAUCAGUAGGAAAUGAUGAAAAUCCUAUAACCUUACUUUUCUCUUCUGUUAUGAUGCUGAGACAUUUGCAGCUUCCUUUAUUCGCUGACCGCCUUGAAACUGCCCUGAAGCGUGCUGUCUCUCAAGGUCAAAUAUUUAGAAACUGCAGUAAUGUUACUACACAGGAGGUUGUUGAUGCUGUAAUUGCAAAUUUGGAUUGA